AAAUGUGGUCCUUCAGUCGACGGGAAAGCGCCAAAUUUAUUUAUUGAUAAUUUUGCAGGUGAAUGAGAUUUGACAUAAGAGCAGUAUUCUGCUAUCGAUUGUUUAGACUUUUCUCAAGAAUUCCUCAACUUAAUCAACUAUCUCAUCUAUUGAUAAUAUCUGAGACUGCUAUAUUAAUUUUAUGGUUAUGUAAUUUAGAUGUGAUCCAAUGAACAGUUGUAUAUCAGCUGCAGCAACAUGGCUGAAGUCAAAGUUCAUCAAUGCUCCAAGUGAUUGGUUGGAAGCUUGUGUGGAAUGGAUUGGAGAAGAGAAUCAGGGAAGUAUACCAUCACAACAACAGGUUAAUAAGUUGGUAUUUGAACAAUGGUUGUUAUCAGACUUACAUGAACUAGGAACACAAUGCCUGCCAGAACAGAUCAACAAUUCUGACAAGUAUCAGCUCAAUGGAAAGUUUGCUUUACAGAUUGAUUCUAUGGUUGACAUUAGUCAGUCUUGUUAUAGUCAGCUGCAGAGAGUUACUGGGACAGAUAAUGCAAAUGUAGAUGUGUCAGCUGAUACACACAGACCUUGGGAACCAAAAGCUAAGAGAAUGUUAAUGUUAAAGUUGACGGAUGGAUCCUGUGAUGUACAAGGAAUGGAGUAUGAACCUAUACGAUGCCUAAAUAAUAACCUAAACCCUGGUUGUAAGAUUCUUGUAACAGGAAAAAUACUAUGUCGCCAUGGACUAUUAAUGUUGAAAGAAGAAAAUGUAUCUGUUUUAGGAGGGGAAGUUGAUACUUUAAUGGAAUCUAACACACAUAAAAACAUCCUUCAAUUGACUUUAGAAAACAAUAUUUCCAAUGCUGGUAAACAAUAUAGACAGGAAUUUGAAGGAGGACCUACAGUGAAUACAAAGUCUGAUAUUAAGCCUGUGGUUACUAGAGAUAAUAGAAAUGGAACAAGGGGUGCAGUAUCAAUUAACCAAAGGAAAACCCAUUCUGAAAAAUUCAAACAAGAAGAAAAGUCUGUCAUUGAUGAGUUUGAUGAAGACUUGCCACUGGAUGUAUUUUUAGAUGAUGAUAUGGAUGAUUUUACUGACAGGGUAGGUUUGAAUGUUAGUAAUUCAACAACAACCUUACCUCUUCAAUCUCAGCAUAGCAGUUGUGUGAACACUUAUCCUACAAGAGUCACCAAAGGAUCAAUUGUCAAUCAUAAUAAUAUCACAUCUUUAAAUUCAAACAUAAACAAUCAAUUUCCUCAUCAAGACAACAGUGUACAAAUGAGUUUACAAAGACAAAGCUUACCAAGAGCUUCAGCUAGACAUGAGGACAUAACUAACAUGAAUUUUGUUGAGGAAGACUUUGAUGACGACUUUGACAUGUCAGAUUUCACUAAUUCAAGGACUAAAUUAGAUACAAAUGAAAAAUUACAAGUCAGUGCCACAAAGAAGAGGCAAUUAAUAUCACCAGUAGACAAUCAAAAUUGCAAAAGGAGGUCAUAUGUGUCAAAUUGUGAUGUAGGGGAGUAUAUAAGACCUGAUGUAUCAGCUACAGAUCAGUGGAAAGAACCUGUCCUGAACAUGAAAUUAGAAGGUGGCAUUGUCAGUGGUAUAUCUGAUGUAGAUAUUGAUAUUAACAUUGAAGUAGCUUUUUCACCUGAAAACAUUACUAACAGGGAAAGACAGAAGUGUUUAUCACAGGAAGUAAAUUUGAGCUAUGAUCCAUGGACAUACCUGAGUGUUGUCAAGAAAUAUUUGCAAACACAGCAACUUAUCAGUUUCAAGGUCAAGGCUUAUAUAUCAACACUAAUUGGAAAACUUGAAUGUCCAGAUUCUAAAAGAUGGUGUUUACCGGUCAAGAUAAAUGAUGGAACUGCCAGCAUGGAUGUUGAUCUUUCUAACAAGGUAUUAACAGAACUCAUUGGAUUUUCUGCAGCUGAAAGCCAGGUAAUGAGAAGAAUGGCCAAAACAGAUUGUCAUGUGAAGGAAAGAUUGACACAGGGAAUCAAAAGUUGUCAACAGAAGUUAAUUGAAUUACUUUGUAUCAUGGAGAUCGAAAUAUCACCACAUGUAGCCAAACCAGAAGUUACCUCCCUUACAGAAAUAACAGUUGCAGAUGUAUCAGUGUUAGCCGAUAGACUUCACAAUAUAGAGGGGAAAUACAGUUAAUUGUAUAUUGUCAAUUUAUGCUUUUCUAAAUGAUUGAAUGACAACAUACUGGUUAUCAGUCAAUGUUUUCUCUAUUUGUUUCUUAAAAAAUAUCAAUGAGUAGAAUUAUCAGGCUUGGUUACUUAGAAGAUCUAAUGGCCAAAACAAAUCAUCUCCUGCAAACACUUAGAACUCUUCAAUGCUUGCUAAGUCGUCCCUGGUGAUGCUACAGAUUUGACAUCCCAAGAAAAUGAGCUGUUAAAUAGUUAAAUUACAAAAAUAAAAUCAAUUAAAACAGA